CCACCAAAGAUGGGGAACGAUAUUCUGUCUUCACAUACACGCCGUGGUCCGUCCUUCUAUUCUUCAUGGUUCUAUUUGUAAUGGCUUCUCUUGCCUUCUGUUUCAUGGUGAGCGUGUUCUUUACAAGAGCAAACACUGCAGCUUCAUUUAUGGGUCUUAUGUGGUUUUCGACAUAUUCAGCUUAUUUUCUAACGCAAAUGCUUUACGAAGAUGUUAGCCUACAUACGAAAUUCCUACUCAGUUUGAUAUCAAAUGCUGCGAUGGGCUUCGUACUACAGAUGCUGAUAAUCUGUGAAGGGACGUCUCAAGGCUUACAAUGGAGCGAGAUCUUUUCACCCGUCGCAUAUCAUGACGAUUUCCAACCAGGCCAUGUGGUGUUAAUGUUAAUAGUUGAUACGAUAAUAUACAUGACUAUCGCUUUGUAUAUUGAGAAAAUACGUCCAGGCAAUUAUGGCGUGCCGUUGCCCUGGUACUUUCCAUUUACGAAGAGCUUCUGGUUGCCGAAUAAAACUAGGACCGCAGGGAUAACAUUAAAGGAUGGUAUCGAUCAAGAGUACAAAAAUGCGUUGUUGAAGGUAGUUCACGACGAAGAGCCAAAAGGUGUACCAAUGGGUAUAAAUAUAGAGAACCUCACAAAAGUAUACAAAGGUCGGAAGAAAGCUGUGGAUAAUUUAAAUCUACGAAUGUAUGAAAAUGAAAUUACGGUGUUGUUAGGACAUAAUGGAGCUGGAAAAACCACUACAAUAUCGAUGCUUACAGGUAUGGUACCGCCCACUUCCGGUACAGCUACUAUAAACGGAUAUAACAUUGUGAGUGAAACUGAACUCGCAAGAAAAUCACUCGGUCUCUGCCCACAACAUAAUGUGCUCUUCCCGGAUCUGACCGUUGCCGAACAUAUUGUCUUCUAUUCGAGGCUAAAAGGCGUGCAGAAGUCGAAAAUAAAUGACGAAGUCAAUCAUUUCCUUAAGUUGUUGGAGUUGGAAGAAAAGAGAGAUGUACAGUCAGCACAUUUAUCGGGAGGUCAGAAAAGGCGGUUGUCCGUUGGCGCUGCUAUGUGUGGAUCAUCAAGGGUUGUGUUGUUAGAUGAACCCACUUCCGGAUUGGACCCAGCCGCGAGGAGAUCGCUGUGGGAUCUCUUACAGAAAGAGAAAAAAGGGCGAACGAUAAUUCUUACUACACAUUUUAUGGACGAAGCUGACGUGCUAGGUGACCGCAUAGCUAUAAUGUCUGGGGGUAAACUCCAAUGUGUGGGAACACCAUAUUUCCUUAAGAAGCAUUAUGGUAUAGGUUAUAAGAUGACCAUAGUGAAGCAAGAGGAUUGUAACGUGCAAAAUGUUACCAGUUUUUUGAGAAAUUACGUCCCGGAUAUAAGGGAAAAUACGAAUAUAGGUUCGGAAUUAACUUACAUACUACCUAAUGAGCAUGUCAGCAAAUUUCCUGAAAUGUUAAAGAAAUUUGAAGAAGAAAGGAGUUCCUUGAGGGUAUCGAGUUAUGGCCUUUCUGUCACGAGCCUCGAAGAAGUUUUUAUGAAAGCCGGUGCCGAGGACCAUGAUGUGAUAACGGUUCAGAAAAAUAACUAUACGAAUCACAAUAAUAGUGUAAUUGUCCCCAUCGAGAAUAAUCGAAAUCACUUUGCAAACAACGAGCCGUUACAAAAAGUAAAAGGCGCAAAAUUACUAAGAAAUCACAUAAAAGCGAUGUUCCUCAAACUAGCAUAUAAUUCUAUGAGAAAUAAACUCUCAGCCUUCAUACAGAUCGUAACACCGAUUAUAAAUAUAACUAUAUCGGUUAUUAUAGCCCGGUCAUGGCGGUUUAUAACCAACCUACCUCCCUUAGAGUUAACUUUAACUAGUGGUUUUAAGAAUACGGAGACACUUAUAUCUGAAGGGGUUAAUUUGACGGAAGCAAGCGUCGAGAGAAGGACUAUGAUGGCUUAUAUGGAUUUUUUUAAAUCGUCAACGUAUCCGAAUAUGGUGCUUAAUGAUAUCGGAACUAUGGACAUUGGGAAGUUUUAUUUAAAAUUGAGCGAAUCGAACCCCGCCCGUAUACGUUACGAAAACUUAAUAGGCGCUACGUUCGCGCCGAAUCGCAUCACAGCUUGGUUCAGUAAUUAUGGGUAUCACGACUCGGCCAUAUCACUUUCCUUGGCUAACAAUGCGCUGAUGAAUGCUCUAUCGCCCGGUUCCUCUUUACGGGUUAUUAACUAUCCCUUGCCGUAUUCCAUUGAGAAUCUUGUUAGAAUUCUAGCAUCGGGUAGCAGUUUAGGAUUCCAGUUCGCGUUCAACAUAGGGUUCUGUAUGGCGUUUGUCACUGCGUUCCUUGUGUUAUUUGUUAUAAAGGAACGGGUUAGCGGCGCCAAACUCCUUCAGCGUAUAUCUGGAGUAAGACCUGGCGUGCUCUGGACGUGUUCUUUCAUCUGGGACUGGUUCUGGAUGCUGUGCGUCUACAUGACGAUAGUUCUCACGCUUGCGUUCUUCCAGGAAUCAACGCUGUCUACUCCGGAAGAGUUGGGCAGAGUCCUUCUGGUACUAGUGGUGUUUUCGUUGGCGACGAUACCGCUACAUUACUUGGCGUCCUUCUUUUUCGAAGCUUCGGCAACUGGUUUCUCGAAAAUGUGCUUUGUCAACAUAUUUUCAGGUUGUAUGCCGUUUCUAAUAACAGAAGUUUUGCGUUUGCCUGAAUUUGGUAGCCCGUACUACGCGGGAAUAUUCGACUGGGUGUUCGCGCCUUUACCGCUUUAUUGCAUGAGCAGAAGUUUCAAGGACAUGAGCCUGUCAUCAUUCAAGAUGCUGAUAUGUGACGGCCUUUGUACGCAACUGGAGCUUCAGAAUUGUACGAGGCAAUCGCUGUGCACGCAAAUUAACAUGACCGUGUGUUGUAACCUGGAUGAAAAUACGUUUUUGAAAUGGGAAGAGCCCGGAAUCGGACGUUAUCUAUUUAUGAUGUCGUUGGUUGGUGUCAUAGCAUUCUCAGUUCUGCUUAUCAAAGAGUACGAGGUGAUUAAUAAGAUAUUCUACUCGGAGACCCCUUACCGGCCAUUACCAAUAAGGUCGGACGAAGAUAGUGACGUGGCAGCAGAAAGACACACGGUACAACAGCUUACUAAACCAGAAUUGGCUCAGCAUAGUCUGAUCUGCAAAGACCUCACUAAGUACUAUAAGGAGUUUCUCGCUGUUAAUAGACUGACUUUUGCGGUGCGUAAAGGCGAAUGUUUCGGAUUAUUAGGCAUCAAUGGAGCGGGUAAAACCAGUACGUUCCGUAUGGCAACGGGUGACACGCAUCUCAGUUCGGGUGACGUAUACGUACACGGAAUGUCCGUUAAGACGCAAAUACGGGACGUGCACGCAAAUAUGGGUUACUGCCCGCAAUUCGAUGCAUUACUAGAAAACCUUACUGCACGCGAAACACUCAAAAUAUUCUGCCUGCUGCGCGGUAUUCCAGUGAAAAUCGGCUCCCAGUGGGCCUUUCAACUUGCAGAACAGCUUGGUUUCGCUAUGCAUUACGAUAAAAGGUUCACGAAUGCAGUGGUGGAACAAAACGGAAAAUAA